AUGGAGGUGCUGCUGCAGCUGAGUCGUCUGCUCCUGCUGCCGCUGCUCCAUCUCCUGCUGCCUCGGAAUCAGCACCAGCAGCCGCUGUACCAGCAGAGUCAGCACCAGCAAAAUCAGCUGCUCCUGCAGAGGCAGCACCAGCACAACCUGAGUCUGCACCAGCUCCAGCAGCUGCUCCAUCACCAGCCGCCGCUCCUGCUGAAACUCAAGCAGCUUCUGCCCCUGCACCUGCGGCUGCCCCAGCUGAAUCCGCUGCACCAGCUCCAGCAGCUGCUCCAUCGCCCGCUGCUGCUCCUGCCGAAUCUGCUCCCGCUGCAGCUUCACCCUCGCAAGCUGCCGCUCCAUCUGAAUCUGCUGUUCCUGCCCAGGCAGCUCCAGCCCCUGCUGCAGCACCAGUUGAGUCUGCACCUUCUCCUGCUGCAGCUCCAGCCGCUGCUCAAAGUCCUGCAGGCGCUGAAGGCGCUUCUGGUUAUAGUGGUGCAUCUCCAGCUGCUGUCAAUGCUCCAGCACCCGCAGCUUCUCCAAAAGGCGGCUAUUGAAAAGAACACGUUGUUAAUUUGA